CUCCGGGCGUAAACUAAUGCUAUUACAUUUCGUCAUGGAUGGGCCCGAUUUUUUAGGCUAAUUGUUAAAUCGCUCAUAUCUAAAACACUCUCUCUUUUGUCUCUGCUCUCUCUCUCUCUCUCUCUCUCUCUCUCUCUUUUCAAAAAGUAACAACCACUAAUCUUUUUAAAACAAAACAAAUGAAAAAUGACUAGCAACAACAACAACAACAACAACAACAACGACUCGAACGCCACGCAACCCAGCAAAAACUACGGAGUCUGGACAGAGAAAAGACUUGCUGUUCUUAUCGACUCGAUGAUUAUCUACCAUCCUUUUGAUAAAGGGAAGCUUGAGGUAUCCAAAGCCAAACAAAAUGUGAUGAGAAGAGUGAACAAGACAGAUGCGCAUGUAGCGAAACUUUGUAGCUGGAAUACCUUUCAGCUCAAGGAUAAGAAGAUAAUCAACGAUGAUUUUAAGAGGGCUAAUAAAGAGAUUCGAGUCGAGUGUGAAAAUAUGAACUUUGAGUUAAUUGUUAUAUGGAAUAGAAAUAGCAGUUUUGAGGGCGAUGUCAUGAUAUUAAAGCAAAUGAUGGAUCGCAGAAAGAAAUGGACGAAGAGGACGAAAAGAGCUGAAGCGGAUGCUCUUUUGGAGAAAAAAAUAGAGCAAGAUGCGAUGGCAGUAGCUUCAAUAAGAGGAAAGCUUCCAGUGGGUUACCACACCGAUGUAAAUCAGAUGGAUUCUCCAUACCUUGAGAACAGAGAAGUCAUUAGUGAUAGAGCGGCGGCUUGCUUACAACCGGGUCCUGAAUCUAACAAAGGUGCUGAACGCUCAUUAGACAACUUGGAACACUACAGCCGUGAAGAAAUUGAUCAGAUAAAAAAAAUGAUAGAGAGCAACGAAAGAAUAGCAGAUGGGUUGGGAAAUGUGACAAAAAGGUUAGAAGUAAUAAUCAAAAAGGUGGAAUAUCUUGAGCAACUAGAACUCAGCAAACAUGGGAUUAAACAAUAAAAGCUGCUUUAUGAUGGGUUUU